GGCGACGCUACUGGGAAAGAUAGAGGGAGGGGAAGAGGGAGGGUGAGAGAGCCAUCAUUCUCUUCUGGAAGGUUUCAAGUUGAUGCAGACUGAGAGAAAUGUUGAUGCAUGAAAGUGAGAGAGGAUAAUAACGUUUGAAUUUUUGUUUUGGCUUUGGCAUUGUCUUUGUUGCGGAACUGCAGAAAUGGCUCUUCCUCUGAGAGCAUCAUGAGAAAUCUAGCGGCAGCUACGACCUAGAACAAUGGGAAAGAAAAAAAUUUGUUCUUUCAUCAGGGCAAUUGCUUCAGAGUCAAGUUGUGCUUUGGAAGAAAAUUAGGCAGGUGUUGAGAAUUUCUAAUGUUGCUGAUGCCCUUUUACUAUUCAUUAUGACGAACUGAAACUGCUCAGUCACUGAAAAUCUGGAACUUCCUUGUGGUUUGUCCUCUUAAUGAACUUUUAUUGAAAAAAAUGAUGAUCUGAUUCAAUGCAAUGCCAUGGAACCGGGAAAUGAGGAAUUGCAGCCAGCACCACCAUUAGUAAUGCAGGACCAUCUGGAUGCCAUGCAUACCAAUGGAAGGUCUUCUGACCUUAGUACAUCAGAUGUUAAGCCUGUUCUUAAUUACUCCAUACAGACUGGUGAGGAAUUCGCUCUUGAGUUUAUGCGAGACAGGGUGAAUCUUGGGAAGCCUGGAUUUCCAAAUGCUGGUGAUCCCAGUUGUGCAUCAGGUUAUAUAAAAUUGAAAGACAUUCUAGGUAUCAGUCAUGCCGGAUCUGAAAGUGGGUCAGAUAUCUCUAUGCUUUCAAUUGUUGAAAAGGGUCCAAAAGAGUAUGAUAAAAAGAACUUGUCAUUACCUGAAGACAGAAGCAAUUAUGGGUCAAUUAGAUCAUUACCAAAAUCUUCAUUCAAUCAGGACAAUAGUCGAUUUGUGUGUGGUUAUACCUCUUUUGGAGGCUCUGAUAACUCUUCAAAUACAAUGAAAAUUCUUUGCAGCUUUGGUGGUAGAAUAUUGCCUCGGCCAAGUGAUGGAAAGCUAAGGUAUGUUGGAGGUGAAACACGCAUGAUCCGCUUAAGAAAAGACAUAUCUUGGCAGGGGCUGAUGCAUAAAACAUUGUCAAUCUAUAAUCAGGCUCAUAUACUUAAAUAUCAACUUCCUGGGGAAGAGCUUGAUGCUUUGGUAUCAGUGUCAUCUGAUGAGGAUUUGCAGAAUAUGAUGGAGGAAUGUAAUCAUCUGGAUGAUAGAGAAGGAUCACAAAAGCUUAGGAUGUUUUUGUUUUCGAUGAAUGAUUUAGAGGAUGCUCAGUUUGGUCUCAAUGGCCUGAGUGAUGAUUCUGAGAUCCAGUUUGUUAUUGCUGUCAAUGGCAUGGACUUAGAAUCAAGAAACAACUCAACACUUCUUGGUAUGAGCUCCUCAGCAAAUAAUUUACAUGAAUUGUACAGGCACAAUAAUGACAGGGAGACUAGUGGAAUUGCCAUAGGAACUGUAGGUACCAGCAAUGCUCCCCUGACCAGUAAAAUUGUUUCAUCAUUAACUCUCCAGUCAUCCCAGCCAAUGCCACAAACUUUAUCAAAUGGUUAUGAAACCCAUCCACAGUUUUAUGGUGAUCAGAUGGUACUCCAUGGGGAAACCAUUAGUCAGUAUCCAAUUCAUCAAGACCUUAAUCUUUCCCACAACCCUGCUUUUCGAGAGGCUCCCACUACCAUUCCUCCUCAUGGGAUGAUUAAUCUACCUAGGAUUUUAAAUGAGGGCCGUUUACCUAGUGGAUUACCAGUUCAGAAUUCCAAAAUACUGGCAAUGCCAGUGGCCGACAUAGGUGGUACUUCAGUCCAACAGGGAAGUGACCCUGAGAAAGUUUUAGCCAUGCAAACACCAUCUGCUGUUCCUUCUCAACCGUUUUAUGGCUGCUUGAAAAAUAAUUUUCCUGAGUCUACCAUAGCUGUUACUUUACAAGAGGGGCAUAUGUCUUCAUCACCUUCAGCCAAACAAGACUCACAACAGGAUAGCCAAGAGUCGUCUUCUACAGCUAGCAGUGCGUUUGUUCCUGCUUAUGUUGAUUCCCAUUCCAAACCAUAUGAUUUGAGUGGUAUUCACCCUCCUCCACUUCCAAAGAGAGUGUACUAUUCAGAAAGUACUCCCAGAGAGCGAGUUGAGACACUGAAUCGUUCCUCAAAGUCAGAUGAUACCCAGGGGUCUCAAUUUCUUGUGUCAGAUUUAAUUUCUGAUAUCAACCCACAGGGUUCAGUUGCAGAAUCUGGUGACAACAUGCACAAUGGAAAUCUAGCCAGUCGUCCUGAGGAAUUGAACAGUGCAGCAAAGCCCUUGCAUGCAGAUCUCCACACUGUUGAUAAUGGAUUUGCCAGACCGCCAAUGCAUGUGCCUAGUGCAAGCGGUCAGUCAAAAUUUAAGCUAUCAGAACAUGUAAACCCUGAAUUGAAGCAGGUAUUGCCAAACAAUAAGUCAAGUAAAGAUGUAGUUAAUGAAGAUCAGUUUAAUAAGUUGGAAGCUGAAAGUCAUUUUAAAGAUAACCAUGAGGGGCCUCUGCUGGAUGAAAACAAAAACAGUACUCUGCAGCAGCUUCCUUCUGUUAGUCGUCACGAUGAUCCAGCAUCUAAAUUUCCGGAGAUUAAUUGGGGUGACACCUCUACAAAGGAGACCAAUGAUGAUUGUGUGACACAAGCACUACCUGUUUCUUCUGCUGAGAACCCGGCUGAGGAUGUUUAUCAAGAUUUACCCUCCAACGUUGUUUCCAAGCAAGCACAAGGUCUUCUUAUUGAUAUUGAUGAUCGAUUUCCCCGUGAAUGGCUUUCAGAUAUGUACUCUAAAGCAGCACUUGCAGAAGAUUCAUCCUGUCUACUUCCGCUAACCAAGGAUGGAAUUAGUGUAAGCAUAGCCAUGGAAAAUCAUGAACCUAAAGCAUGGUCAUAUUUUCAUAAAUUGGCACAAGAAGGGCUUGAUAAUGUGUCUCUUAUUGACCGGGACCAUCUUGAUUUUUCACCUGCACCAGGAAAUGAAGCCGGGAAUGAUAAAAUUCACCUGAUUACACCUGUAAUGACUGAUAGAGUUUCUUUACAUCAUGUGGAACCCCACCCCAACCUUGGUGAAGAAAAUCAGAGAGAAUUGCAUGGAAUGAUUGGAGCUGAAACAGCUGAACUGCAGUCAAAUCAUGGGCACCAGUCCCAAGUUAAGGAAACUGAAAGCAUGCAGUUUGAUGCUAUGAUGGGAAACAUAAGAGCUCAAGAAUCUGAAUUUGAGGACGUGAGUGUUGAAAAACAAAACAGUAGUCCACCACCUCUUGAUGAUCCUUUAGGAGAUGUUGAUAUCAGUACCUUGCAGGUAAUAAAGAAUGAAGAUCUUGAAGAGUUGAGGGAACUAGGUUCUGGUACCUUCGGGACUGUUUAUCAUGGAAAAUGGAGGGGGACAGAUGUUGCCAUCAAAAGAAUCAAGAAAAGCUGCUUCACCGGUCGAUCAUCUGAACAAGAGAGACUGACUGUAGAGUUUUGGCGGGAAGCUGACAUACUUUCCAAACUUCAUCAUCCAAAUGUGGUGGCAUUUUAUGGUGUGGUCCAGGAUGGACCAGGUGGAACGAUGGCCACUGUUACUGAAUUCAUGGUGGAUGGUUCUCUUAGGCAUGUAUUACUUCGCAAGGAUAGGCAUCUUGAUCGUAGGAAGAGGCUGAUCAUUGCCAUGGAUGCAGCUUUUGGAAUGGAAUAUUUGCACUCAAAAAAUAUUGUGCAUUUUGACUUAAAAUGUGACAAUUUGCUUGUGAACAUGAAAGAUCCUCUACGGCCAAUCUGCAAGGUUGGAGAUUUUGGGUUGUCAAAAAUCAAAAGAAAUACCCUGGUCUCUGGUGGUGUGCGAGGGACCUUGCCUUGGAUGGCGCCAGAGCUGUUGAAUGGCAGCAGCAACAAAGUCUCAGAAAAGGUUGAUGUGUUCUCCUUUGGCAUAGUUUUAUGGGAGAUUCUAACGGGUGAGGAGCCGUAUGCCAAUAUGCACUAUGGUGCAAUUAUAGGUGGGAUAGUAAACAACACAUUACGGCCAACAAUCCCAAGUUAUUGUGAUUUGGAAUGGAGAACACUAAUGGAGCAAUGUUGGGCACCUAAUCCUGCAGCCCGGCCAUCCUUCACCGAAAUUGCUAGUCGCUUGCGUGUAAUGUUGGCAGCAGCUAGUCAAUCCAAAGCACAAGGCCACAAGGCAGCUAAAUGAUUUUAAAAGAGAUACUCAUGCUGGAUUUCCUUCCCCAUUCUAUACAUUAUGCCCGUUAAUACUGUCAAAUUAAUUCAUUGGAUGAUACCCCGUUUAAGCAAAUAUUUAUACCAGGGGUGGUGAGAAUCUUAUAGGUUUUGUCUAUUUAUUUUCUUUUAUCUUAUAGUACACUGGGCAAAUUUAUUGUUGUAUAUGUACUGCUACA